CUUGUCCUCCCUCUUGAGGGGCAGUACUGGUAUACUGCAACCUACGUAUGCUGUGAAGUACUCCGUGUGUCUCGGCUUGGCUUUCACUGUGUGAGCGUUCUAUUACUUCUAGAAAUACCUGGAGAGGAACACCUCGUGAGGCCUUAGCCUCUUAAUAAAAACUAAAAACAACAAAAUUCCCUUUUAUUUGCGCUUUCCCAGGUGCCUACCACGAAAGGGAAAAUUAACUACUCGACAAUGAUUAUCAAACAGCUUCAGCUGUUUGGGGGGCUUUAAGCCAAGUCGCGCAGCGCGGGUCGAGUGGUCAACGCUCUGGAACAAUAGCUGGAGGCACAGAGUAAAGGAGACGCGUUCAGCGUCGUGGUCAGCAUCUGCAGGGAUUGCUUGAAAUACGUCUCGCUUGGACGUACUCCGCGACUCGGAGGCCCUAAGAAAGCUGGAGCCCAUUGGACCUCUUAGUCCUAUUAUUUAUCUUUCAUGGACCUCGGCAAGGAGACAUUAACUGAAGGACCUGUCCGUGAUGCGGCGGCCUGCUGCAGUCUCGGCCGAGCAGGCACGACACGUAAGGUACCGGACUCUGUUUCCGUGACGGUAGCUGUACGUGCGCCGGACGAAGCAGAAGAAGAUGACGAUGGACAGGAGGCUACCCCGCAAGGACGUAGGCGGGGCCGGGAGCGGUUCGUGGCGGGCCAAGUGCGGGGAACCUUCCACCCAGACUUGUACCUCUCACAGCAAGAUUGCAUAAUGUACAAGGGGAAGCGUGUCGGCCGGAGUAAAUUCGAGCGGUUGGGCAACUCGAGUAUGGCCAAGUGGUAUCGGUCUAUACGCGUCAUACACGACGACGGCAGCUUGGAGCCGUUGGGAGAGUGGUUGUUGCGACACGGUCUUCCCGUACUGAAGGGCAAGCACCGUGUAAGCCGGAAGCGAGCGGCGAACGCAAAGGAGACGGCUGACGACGACGCGGCGGAAGCGGGGUGCGACGACAACGGUGACGCCGACGGCGGAAGCGAUGCGUCUGGAGGUGAGGACUCUGCUUGGACGCUUCGCUCUCCUCCGUCAGGUCGACGCUGCCGGAGCCGACGCGGCGGCGGCGGCGGCGCCGUCAGCGACGACGAUGAGGCUUCAGAGCUGCCGAAUGUACGGCAGCUUGGCGGCGGUGCCGCUUCCGUCAGCAAACUUGUCCGUGCCGGUGUUUCACGAAACCGAACGCUGCGGGGCGCCUCCAGCGGAGGGCACAAAUUGCACAGUGCAGCGACGGCGAGGGAGUCUGCGGUGGCCGCCCCCGCCGCCGCCACAGUCGCCGCCUGCGGAGCAACCCGCGCCUCGGCGCCCAUGUCAGCACCCGUAGGUACGGCAGACGUCAGUGGCGCUUGCAGUGACGUCUUGGGAUGGCAGGACUGCUCGGUUUGGGACGAAGAUGAUGAGGAGGAGGGAAGGGCAAUGGACGGCGGCGGGGGAGGAGGUGAAGACGACAUGGACGUGCUGCGCAGCGGUGGUAUAAGCGGUUGCGACAAUGCAGCCAAGGCGAUGUGGGAACUUUUCCGCGACGGACCCGUGGUUCAGCCGGACUUUGAGGCCCUUGAGAUCACCGGAGUCGCCGACGCCGCUGCCGCCUUUUCGCUUGCGAUGGGCGCGCCGUUGGAGAUGGUUGACGGCGUGCCUACACUGGCACCGUCGGCUGUUGCAGUGGCCCCAAAGGCCCUAACGGUCAACCCGGAACCGCUUGUGGAGUUUAAUGCUCCCAACAGCACGGGCUACGCUACAAGCGGCGUAGGCGGCUCCGGCGGGGUUCCGUGGUCGCAUGCGUGGUCUAACGCUCCCGCAGUCUCAGGACCCAUGGGUCAAGCCGGCGCACAUCCAGUCGCUGCUGUCGCUUCAGCGGCGGUGUCGGCGGAUGGCAGCAGUUUCCCGGCUACACCUUUCAUCAUGGUUCAACAACGGGCAGCUUCCUGCGGCUUUCCGCAUAUGCCACAACAGCCUUGGCCGUCGCAGCAGCAACAGCAGCAGGUGCAGAUGCAGCAGCAAGCGGCAAGCAUGCCAACGUCCGGCAGCAAUCGCCCUCUGCUGCCCCGGCCCUUCCAGUCCAUGACUGCACAAUGGGAUCUGGAUUCCGGAGAUCUCAACCGCAUUGCGGAAUGGUCCAUCUCAGGGCCCCCGGCGGCCCAACGCCCCUUUGCCGCCUUCAACUCGGCUCGAAGCCAGGACCUUCUUCAGCAACAACAGCAGCAGCACCACCACAGCCUAGCACAUCGGAGCUCGGGAACCAUGCUCUCUUCCGCAGAUCAUUCCUUCCUGCCAGCGAAUGGCGGCAGCUGCAAUGUUGCGGGCUCGGCUGUGGCGCCGUCCGCCGUACAGCUUCCCGCACCGCACAACUCGCACCCGCAUUCGCAGCAGCAACAUCAGCAGCCAGGGGUUCAACCGUCCUCCGGGGGAGGGGGGCCGGCGACGGCAGGGGAAAUGUUUGCGAUGCAAGGCAACUCUACGUUUGGGGCAUGCGGCGGAAUGGCCAGUGCUGGAGGCAUCAGUGUUGGGUUUGGUAUGGGCAUGGGCGGCUGCAGAGGCGGCGUUGACGGGCCUCUAGGGUCGAGCAGUAGCAGCUACCCGCUCCAGCCCGGGGGCUGCAUGGCGCCCAUGGCACCUGGGGUGCAAGGUUCCGUCCUGGAUGAGUACGAUCGCUGUGCGGCACUUCGGUCUCGGCAAGCAGCAUGCGUGAGGUUGCGGGAUUACGUUCCGACGGCUGGGCAGUUUGAGCCCGGUGGUAGUGGUGCUGGUGGUUUCGGGGCGGCUGAGGGCGCGGCCCCAUGGGCCAGUCAGCCAGCCUCUUACGGCGGGCCUUCCUCUACUGAGUCCAGUACGGUCCCUGGGCCGGACCGGAGGCCGACACUCCAUCCUUCGCAGCAUCCGCAUCCGUCGCCAUUCUUGAUGGCCUUCGGCUCCAUGGUCGGAAGGCACCCGUCGCAAAUGCCGAACCACCAUGCAGGUUACUCGGGGCCGGCGUCAUCCUGUGCUGCCGUACAUGCAAGCAACGGCGGCGGUCCUAGCAGCGGCGGCCCUGUUAGCUUCGGGAGCAGCGUUCCUUCGCCCUGGUCAUCCGCAGACAGGGAUGGCCCCUUACCUGGUUACGCGGUUCCGGAGGCACCCGCGACGGCAGCAGCGUCCGCAGAUCCCACCGCGUCGAUGCCACAUCCCGCCGCGUCCGCUGCUGCCGUACAGCAAUCAGCCUCCGCCGGCGGCGUAAGCUCUGGUCCCGUACGCCGUACGUUCUCAAGUCCCCGCGGCUGGCCGCAUCACCCGUACUCUGGUUCGUACUACCCCGCCUUCCCACCUUACGCUCCGUACCCGCCGUACCGUCAUCACCCUCCGCCGCCGUUCCAUUACGCCGUACCACAACCCAGAUCAGCCGUAGCCGUACCGACUCAGGGAAUGCCGUCGAAAGACCCAACCGGCCAACAAGUGGCGGCUGCGGCGGCGGCAGCAGCCCGCGCGGGAUACCGUGCGCCGCCGCAGCUUUCAAUGAUGCGUUGGCAGCCGCCGCCACUGACGGUGCCGCGGGGCUAUGGCGCCGUCGUCGCCGACGAGUCACCGACCGGAAGAUUAGCAGUGAGGGGAUCUGCGGUGACUGCGCAACACAUGGCGGCUAAUGCGUGUGCUGCGGCGGAAUUGGCAGCUGCGACGGCGGCGGAGGCGGCGGCAGCGGCCGUUCAGGCUGUCGUGCUGCAAAGCACGGCUAGCGGCGGACCCAAUUCAGCCCAUGGGUCGUCCGCGGGGCCUUGUGAGGAGGCAGUGCCGCCGCCGCUGACGGCGCGCGACAGCGCUCCGUACGACAGACAGUGGUCUUCUUUCAGCCCGCCAGCGCCGUCGCCGCAGCAACAGCAACAGGGUCCCUUGGUGGCGAUGGCGGUGCGUACCGAGUCGUCGUCGCUACAGUCGCCGUCACCACAGUCGGCCGGUGGUCGGCGGUUGGCCAGGAAUCCGUCAAUGCCGUUAGCGGGAAGGUCCGCUGGCGGUUACGGCAUGCCGUACAUGCCGCAACACCCCUUGCAGUACGAGGUCGCAGCUUCUGGUGCUGGUGGUGGUCUUGUCGUACAAAGGGGCAGUGCUGGCGGCGCCGCUCCCGUUACCGCUACUUCGGCUGGCGAAGCCGAGUACGGGGCCGUCACAGUCGGGCCCUUCGACGCCGCCGCCGCCACUGGCUUCCACGCCAGCGGGCCCCUGACGCCAACUCGAAGCUUCACACCGCAGCAACAGCCGCACUGGCACCGUACAUGGGCCGUAGCGACCCAUGGGUCAGAACCGCUCGGGAGCCCACCGCCACAACAGCCGGCGGCCCAAGCUGCAUUACGUCAUGUCGUGUCGGAGCGUCACCUUCGAAUCCCGUAGGACAUGAACAUGACGCGCGAUCAGCUGUGAGGCGUCCGAAGGAUGUAUAAAAGGUUCGGAGGAGUAUAUUUGGAUGCGCUGUUGCGCGUUGUUGUGGCGUUGUGCGUGCGGCGGUGGUGGCGGUCGAUGAUGUAAGAUGGCAUGGGUGAUUGUCGAGGAGUUACAGUAUGCGAAUACUGGGAUGCUGGGGAUUACUAUGGCUCAUCAUGAGACGAUAGGCUUGCUGGCUUAUCGCUUCUGAGCGUGAUUCUGACUGUCUGCACCGCCUUCGGCCGAUGUAUGAAUGAAGAUCAGGUUAAAUGUGUAGCUGCAAGCGAAUUUCGGCAUUGCUGUUGACAGAUGCAUGUAGAAUCGCUGGUUAUGAUGCUGGUGGUUUGUGGCUAGUCGUUGAUGGAACUCUUUAGGUUUCCUUCGCAUAAGCAAGCCUUGCAUACCGGUAUGUUGUUGCGUGGGAAUGUUGGUGCCCGAACAUGGCACGGAACGGAGGGAAGCAAGUACGGCGCGCGCAUGUUUCCAGAGGAAAACGCUUGUCAGAAAAGAAGUAAGGUUUUGCGCAUGAUAACUAUUAUUGACCGCAAAUCGGAACAUACUGCGAUUGCCGGAAAAUGAGGUCCUUACCGAAACGCCACGAGUGGAGCAAAGUUUGUACACGCGGCAGCAGUGCAUUCACUGCUUACCAUGUGCCAUGCAGCUUGCUAACGCAUGCCUAGGAGGCGUAUGGUUACAUGGAGGUGUUUUGAGGAUCGCAAGGGUUAGUUUGAUCACCUACCGUAUCGAUAUGGGGAGAGAAUGUGCAGCUGCGUGCAGCAUGCAGCUGCUACACAGUGAUCAAUGUAGGGAGGGGUCGUUGCUACAGUGCCAGGCUGAGCCAUGCGGUAUGGGUGUGGCUGUUUAGAGGUACACGGGUGUGAACGUGGGUGGCACCGUUUUGCGUUUCAGAAUUGGUUUUAGUUUGCGGAUUAGGUUUUAUCUUGCGAUAGACUGAGGCACAAAACUCGUGCGGCUGUCCUAACGACCGUUUUUUCGCGUGAUGUUUUCUGUGGGUGGGGAGAGAGGCACAGGAAACAAACAUGGGAUGCCAAGAAAGCCUCUUCAUGUUCGUGACGACCGAGGCAUGACGGAUCGGAAAGUAAAUGCCGUGAACUGCCUCUGUUGUUGGUUUAAAUUUCUCUUCAGAUAUUCUGAACUCGGAGAUUCAGGCGAUGGAAUGGUUGUGUGUUGAUGCCUGCUGCAUGGGGUACAACCCUAUAUAGUGAUCGACGUGUAGCCUUGCAGAAUCGAAGCUUCGUUUUAUGCAGCAACGGUUUUUCUUGUUCUACUUCUGUGUUGUUUACAACGCAUGGUAUGCGAAGCGACUCGGAACAGCGUCUGUGGUUUUUAUGGUGAACGUUGAAUUCGGAACAGGUUAUGAUUGCUGCUGUUGGGUCUCGAGUUCUCUUGACUGCUUGCCGGUCGACUGGACCCAGCCAUGAUAUAGCCGACCGGGUAAGACAGUCAACAUGGAAAACAACAUGCGAUGCCGUUCAAGAAAAGAGGUUGGAAGGGUCAUUUGGGGCAGGAACUCCACACACGAAUUUCCCUGACACUGAAAUGUCUUUUUUAAAGAAGGCGUCUUGCCGAUGGAAAAAGGGUUACGUGCUCCCCUAUUAUUGAGCAGUCGACUUUGCUACGACGCGGGUACCUGUAGCAAGCACUCUGCCAGGCGCUCUGCAGCUUGGAUGCAUUGUUUAAAAUUUGCUUAAUUCAUGUCCUAGACGGUAGAUGAGUGGUGACUUCCGGUUUGCUUCCGGUGGAACUUCCUAGUUUCCCACGACACGCUUACGUACAUAAGUUCAGUACGUACGUGGACAGGUCUGACUUGUUGGGCGUUGGAUCACCCUGGCUCUGUUCGCGAGGAUUGCUAGUUUGCCGUUUUAGCCGUGCGGUCGCCCCACCCUUACAUGUUGCUAGCUGUUAUAUGUGCUAAAAGGCGCAAGCAGCGUGAACCCCCUUAAGAAUGAGACUGCAGGGCAGGCCUGAUGGUCGGUUGAGCGGCGGACCUGGUGGCAGCGCUUUUUUAUGGUUACAUGGUAUUUGGAUGGGAUGAGACAUGCGAGUGACUUUCGCUCGAAGGUUGGCCGGUGGAGGUUUAGCUGAACACACGGAUGGACGAUUAGCCACGUGACACAUGGCAUUACACUGCGUGCUGUGUUGAGGAUUCCAAUGCGCAUGCUCAUGUGUUCGGGCCACCCUGUGAGCUGUCCGGGGCUCACUGGUCACGCAAAUGCGCGCCUGCUGUGCUGAGGGCGUCAGAUGUUGGCCGGUUUCUUGUGUUAAUGUCCUCGUGCUGCUGUUUCUUGUAGUACCCUUGUUGCGCACACCGGAAGCGUUGAUGGUCGUCCUGCCGUGUUGCUUCGCGGGACACCAUGCGUUUCGCGGAAUGCUUCCUUGCCUCGUCGGUAUCGAGCCCGCCUUUUCGGUAUCUUCAAUUAUGUUGUUAGGUUAUGUGAAAUGGCCUUUGUUAGGCACUUCGGCUGUUGGAAAGUCAAAGUUCUGUGGCAAGUAUGAAUUCUAAACCUUUUUUAGGUCCAUACAAAUAUACGCGUCUUUCGCUACACUUGGCUGGGCUACACCGCCCGAGUACCAAGGUGGUCAUGAAGUAAGGCGUUCUUAAUACGGUUUCUUUUUUCGGUGUCAUGUUAAUAUGCUGUGUGGACUAGCCUGCAGCCUUUCCUAAUUGCUUAUUCUCACAGUGUGCGGGACUGUCUCUACGCCUUGGGAGACUUACCGGGGUAGUCCGGGUACGCAUGCAUGGGUUUCACGCUUCCACUCCUUUGGUUGGUUGCUUUGUUUGAAGUAUUUGGCGAGAUACAUGACUUCUUGUCCCACGGUACAUUUUUAAUAUGCUUGCAUGCUGUGGACUGGAGCGGGUAGGGCGGCAGUCCUGCAUUGAUCCUUUCUGAAUGCACGAACGGGUGCUUUUGGGGAUUGGAAGUCCUCAAAAGCGUGAUGAAGUAUUUGUUGCAUUGCCUUGUCCUGGCGGGGUUUAAGUGUUGCGCCCCCUUUCAUAGUUGCAAUGCUGCUGCUGGUAGCCGUAUAGACCCUGGUUGUCGGCACAGGUCGAAACGGUUUCCUGGCAAGUAUUUUCACAUGGUUGGGGUUUAGCUAUAUAACGUGCUAAUACGGGCGAGUAGAUGCGCCCGAUCACCGCCUCAGAUAUGUAACAUGUAAAUGUUC